AUGGCACCUCUCGAUUUCUCCCGUCUCCAUCCAUCGCAUAAUCCUCAAUUCGCUCAUUUCCCUUCUAGGAGAUCUACCAUCUUCUCGACGAAAGGAGCCGUAGCUACUUCUCAACCUCUGGCAUGCCAAGCAGGUUUGGAAAUACUUAACAAGGGCGGAAAUGCAGCCGACGCAGCUGUGGCUACUGCUGCUGCCUUGAAUGUCAGCGAGCCUUCUUGUACUGGUAUCGGAGGAGAUGUCUUUUGUCUCUUCUACGACGCCAAAACCAAGACAGUCCGAGGAAUCAAUGGAUCAGGUAGAUCACCAAAAGCUCUGAAUUUGGAAUAUCUCAGAAGUCAAGGUAUAACAGGUGACAGUAUCCCAUUGACCAAUUUGAAUUCAGUGACUGUACCUUGUGCAGCCGCAGGAUGGAUCAAAACAGUAUCCGAACUCGGUUCAGGUAAUCUUUCAAUGAGAGAGAUCUUGGAUCCAGCUAUCAGAUUAGCUAGAGAAGGUGUAGCAGAACAUGAGUUGAACAGUAAAGCUUGGCAACGUUCUGAAAACCUUAUCAAGAAUGCUUCGCCCAAUUGGAAAGAAAUGAUGAUGCCUGAUGGAAACCCUCCACAACCGUCAAACGUGAUGAUCCACUCCCAGCUAGCUGAUACUUUCGAAGCUGUCGCCGAGCAUGGAAGAGCAGGGUUCUACGAAGGACGGAUAGCCCAAGCCAUAGUAGAACUUGUCCAAUCAGGAGGAGGAGUGAUGACACUUGAAGAUUUAGCUGAAUGUGAUGUGGAAGUCAUACAACCUAUAAAAUACGACUUUAAAGUUGGAGAAGCCGGUGAUCAAGGUGUUUCACUUUGGGAAUGUCCACCAAACGGUCAAGGCUUGACUGCUUUAGUAGCUUUAGGUAUAAUCGAAGCUGUAGAAACUCAACAUGGUAUUGAUGUCCUGGAACUACCUCAUAAUUCGACUACUUAUCUGCAUAUACUGAUCGAAGCUCUAAGACUCGCAUUUGCCGCCCGAUACUAUGUCACAGAUCCGGCAGUAGUUCAUGUCCCUGUCGAAGAGCUCUUGAGCAAGGAAUACCUCAACAAAAGAGCAGCCCUAAUCGAUCUUAAAAAGUCAACAACCAUAUCUCAUGGCAAUCCUAUCAACUCAAGUGAUACAGUAUAUCUGGCAACAGCGGACAAAGAAGGGAACAGUUGUUCGUUCAUUGCGUCAAACUAUGCAGGAUUCGGAACCGGUGCUAUACCCAAAGGAACAGGAUUCACCCUUCAGAAUCGAGGAACCGGUUUUACACUUCAAGAAGGACAUCCCAACAAUAUCCAAGGAGGUAAAAGGCCUUAUCACACAAUCAUACCUGCUAUGGUUACUCAGAAUGGGGAAUUGUUGAUGUCUUAUGGUGUAAUGGGAGGAUUCAUGCAACCACAAGGACAUGUUCAAGUUCUUCUGAACAAACUUCGUGGAUUUUCCGUUCAAUCUUCUCUUGACGCACCUAGAUUCUGUAUUUCAGCUGGAUUACCCGAUGCGAGCGAUAAGAACGCAGACGCUGCCGGUGAUAUAAAUAGUGAGAUUUGGUUUGAGGAAGGAAUACCUUUAGAGACAGUACAAGAACUGGCCGCAAUGGGUCAUCAAUGUGAAGUAGCAGUAGGAUACGCAAGAUCGAUAGCUGGAAGGGGUCAGAUUAUCCAAAAAGUAGUUGAUCCAAAUGGAAGGAGAGUAUGGGCCGCUGGAUCUGAUUUAAGAGGUGAUGGAUGCGCUGUAGGACAGAUCUAG